AUGGAGAAGUUCGAUCCCGAGACGGAGUUCCUUCUCUCAAAGCAAGAAACUGGGAAUGAGUGGGAGCUCUUUAAGGAGAACGUAAGGCCUUUGAAGAGAGGUCGUAAGAUUGCUACCUUGAACGAGGCUCUCAAGUCCCAGACCAGCAAUUUUCACAAGGACUCUCUCCUUCACCAACGAAAGAAACUGAUUGAAGCAAUCGAUGAUUAUUCUGGGGAUGAUCCUCUCCAUCCAUGGCUCCAGUGCAUCAAGUGGGUUCAGGAAGCAUUUCCUUCUGGUGGAGAUAGUUCUGGACUGGUUGUGAUUUACGAACAAUGUGUUCGUACCUUUUGGCAUUCAGAUCGCUACAAGGAUGAUCUCCGGUAUCUGAAAGUGUGGUUGGAAUAUGCACAAAAUUGCAGCGAUGCUGAAAUCAUAUACAGUUUUCUCGACACAAACGAAAUCGGGAAGACACAUGCUUCAUACUACAUAUCCUAUGCUAGGCAUAUGGAAUCCAAGAACAAGAUGAAAAUGGCCAAUGAUAUAUUUAAUCUUGGUAUAUCGAGGACUGCUCAACCGAUACAAACACUCAAGGAUUCAUACACAGAAUUUCUUAUGCGCUCAAUGAGAAGACCAAAACCUAAUGUCGGUGACUCUACGGAGAAAAACUUGUCACUCCGAAGCUUUGGCACUGUCCUCUCUACUGGAGAAAACAGAAUAAGGACCACAGGUAGGGGUCAUUCUUCUUCUUCUUCUUCUUCUCUUGUUAACAUAUACAAAGAUCCAAGUUUUGCUGUUGAUAUACCAAAGACGGAGGCAGCCUCUUCUUGGAAGAGUCUUGGAUCUCGAGCAGAGAGAAACAAAGAGAAUAAUGACAAGCCUAGCAAGUGGAAAGCGUACAAGGUUUCUCAAAAACCAGGAACCGUUGUAGGUAGUAAUUGCAUUGAGGUUUUUGUAGAUGAAGAAUGUGAAAAAGAGAUGCCCAAAGAAGAUGUUGAGAGCAACAGCAUCAGCAGGGGUUUGAAUUUUCAACUUAGACAGGGAAAUGACCAACACCUUAAGACAGAAACACAACUGUUGAGGGAGAAUCCAUUGCGUAAUUUCACUUCAAACAGCCUUCCGAGAUAAUUAAUGUGGUAUUUCAGCUUUUCUCAUCAAAGCCUCUCUAUUAUGGUCUCUGCUUGUUUUUGUUUUCUUAUUAGGAAAACUCUCAUUUCUGAUUUCUGUGUAUGCUAUCACUUUUCUAUUAUGGUUUCUACUUGUUUUUGCUUUCUUAUUAGGUGAACUCUUAUUUCUGAUUUCUGGAAACUUUUCAUAUAAUUAAUUUAUGGCUUGUUUUAUUAUUAUCA